AUGAGAAACAGUUUGAAAUAAUCCUGCAUCAUAGCUACUAGUCUGUGUUUCAUUUAGGUAUUGAAUGCCUAAGCCGAUAACACACAAAUUUUAGCUGAUUGCAAAACCUUUGCUAAAUUGUUCAGAAAUACAUGUGCAAGCUAAGAUACUCCAGCAGCCUCAAUAGCAGCUUUGACUGGAGUUACCGUUUCUUGCCCAAAGAAUGAAAUUUGCCCAGUUGGAUCUGGUACGAGUCCACCAACCUGCUCAUGGGUAAGAAAGCUUUGUGUUACCUGCCAGAUCGAAAAUAACAGAGUUUUCAUAAGAUACUAAUCCAAUGGCUUGCCUGACCACUGUUAUGGAGGUAAACCUAAUGUUACAUCAGGGAUCUAUGAUGUUAAAAUGAUCUAUGAUAGCCCUCUUGACUAAAUUCCAACUAAAAAUUUCACUUCUUAAGAUAACUAUGAUCAAGAAACAUGCAGUCCUGGUAGAGGUGGACAAAGGAACAUCCCAAGAGCAGUAAAUUACUCGAUGGUUGCGAAUGAUACGAACACAGCUAAAUUUAUAGAUGGAAUUGCAGGUUUUGCAUUAAAUGGAGUCCCAAUUUUUACUGCAAGUUCUGCUGAAAAAACUGAUCCAUAUUAUCCCAAAAAUUGGGCUGGCUCAAGCACAGGAAAGGUUGAAAUCGUUGAUGCUUGUGUUGGCCACCCUCAGGAAUCUGGACUCUACCACUAUCAUAUGCUACCUCCAUGUCUGGUUAAUGCAGCUAAUUUGGAAACCUCAAGUGUUUGUGAAAAAGUAUCAUCUUGCAUUAAUGAUGUAAAGCAAUACUCAUUAGAUGCUUAUACAGCAACUUCAAAAAAGAUAACUUAUUUAGGUAUUGCUAAGGAUGGUAGAGCUAUAAUAGGGCCUUAUGCAGCAGAUGGCAAUCUAAUUAGUUGUGGAGACUUAGAUUAAUGUGGAGGUAUGAAGUUAGAUGGUGGAAAAUAUGUGUAUGUCUAUCUGAAUACUUAUCCCUAUGCAAUCGGUUGUUUCGGACCUGGUCAGGCCUAAUAAUAUGCACCUAGUUGUUCUACAAACACUUGCAGCUCUCUUAAAUCUGAAGCAAAAUCAGUCUAUCAAUUCAUAAGCUUUGGAUUGAUUGCUGUAAUAGCCUUGAUUAACAUUAUAUAUUGA